AUAGAUAAAAUAUGGUGAUAUUGUGAUGAGCCUGAACUUAGACAGGAAUGAACCAGACAGAGCAAAGUCAUGAGGAUAUUUUCAGACACCAAUCUCCUCACAUUAAUGUUGUUCUCCUGUUUUUCCUCUACUCUGUCCUCUCUUUAUUCCUCCUCUUGUCAGUUACGGGGACAGUUUGAUCUAAAUGGGAUGCACAAACCUGGAGAUGUGAUUCUAGGUGGGAUUUUCAAACUUCACUUCUUUCCAGCAUAUCCUGAUCUGUCUUUUACCUCAGAGCCACAACAGCCCACCUGCUUUGGUUUUGAUGUUAUGGGAUUCAGACAUGCUCAGACCAUGGCCUUUGCUAUCGAUGAGAUCAACAGAAACUCUAACCUGCUGCCUAAUGUGACUCUGGGAUACAGUCUGUAUGAUAACUGCAUCCAACUAGGCAUUGCGUUUCGUGCAGCACUGACCUUAGUCAGUGGUCAAGAAGAGCAAGUUACAUUAGGGAAGAACUGUGUAGGAACUCCUCCAGUUCUAGGUAUUGUGGGUGAUUCUUCCUCGACUCGCACUAUUGCCAUAUCCACAGUCUUAGGUUCGUACAGAGUGCCUCUGGUGAGUUAUUUUGCCACAUGUUCAUGCCUGAGUGAUCGACAAAAAUUUCCAUCUUUCUUUAGGACGAUUCCGAGUGAUGCUUUUCAGGUGAAUGCUAUGAUUCAGAUUCUAAAACACUUUGGUUGGACUUGGGCAGGUCUGCUCAUCAGUGAUAAUGAUUAUGGAGUCCAUGCUGCCCGAUCCUUUCACUCUGAUUUGGGUCCAGCUGGUGGAGGUUGUCUGGCUUACACAGAGAUGUUGCCCCGAGUUUACGACCCUGCUGAACUGAGGAGAAUAGUGGAUGUGAUGAGGAAAUCUACAGCUCGAGUGGUGAUUGUGUUUGCAAAUCAGAGUCGCAUACUCAACCUUAUGAAAGAGGUGGUGAGGCAGAAUGUGACAGGCCUGCAGUGGAUGGCCAGUGAAGCCUGGAUCUCAGUGAUUUCACUCCAGAUGCCCCAUCUCAUGCCGUACCUGGGUGGAACACUGGGCAUUGCCAUCCGUCGAGGAGAAAUAUCAGGUCUCAGGGAUUUCCUGUUACAAAUACGUCCUAACCUACAUCACAACAACACCCAUGGAAAUAGCAUGGUGAAUAAGUUUUGGGAACACACAUUUCAGUGCAGCAUUGCACCACGUCCAGAAGGUUGGGUGGAAGCUGGAGGAGAAUUAUGCACUGGACUGGAAGUUAUAGAGAAUGUGGAGACUGAGUUCCUGGAUGUUUCAAACAUCAGGCUAGAGUAUAAUGUGUAUAAGGCUGUGUAUGCACUGGCAUAUGCUCUUGAUGACAUUCUGCAGUGUGAGCCAGGGAGAGGACCUUUCAGCAACAACACCUGUGCUCAUUUACAAAGACUGGAGCCAUGGCAGCUUUUGCAUUACUUGGAAAAAGUCAACUUCACCACAUCAUUUGGUGAUCAAGUGUCAUUUGAUGAAAAUGGUGACGCCUUACCAAUAUACGACAUCAUGAACUGGGUGUGGCUCCCUGAUGGACAAACUAAAGUUCAGAGAGUGGGUGAGGUUAAGAGGUCAGACUUCAAAGGUGAAGAACUCACAUUGGAUGAAGACAAAAUCUUCUGGAACUUUGAAUCCAAACAGCCUCCUCGGUCAGUGUGCAGUGAGAGUUGUCCUUCAGGUACCCGCAUGGCCAGAAAGAAGGGGGAGCCUGUGUGUUGUUUUGACUGCGUCCCUUGUUCUGAGGGAAAGAUCAGCAAUAUGACUAACUCCAUGGAGUGCACCAGUUGCCCAGAAGAUUUCUGGUCCAGCCCCCAUCGUGACCACUGUGUUCCUAAGAAAACAGAGUUCCUCUCCUACCAUGAGCCUUUGGGUAUCUGCUUGACAACCACCUCACUGUUGGGCACGUUUAUCUGUGUUGUUGUUCUUGGCAUCUUCAUCCAUCAUCACAGUACACCUAUAGUUCGUGCCAACAAUUCAGAACUCAGUUUUCUUCUCUUGGUGUCACUCAAAUUGUGUUUCUUGUGUUCGUUGCUGUUCAUUGGACGACCCAGAUUAUGGACUUGCCAACUAAGACAUGCAGCAUUUGGCAUCAGCUUUGUGCUUUGUGUCUCAUGUAUCCUGGUGAAAACCAUGGUGGUUCUGGCUGUGUUCAGGGCCUCCAAACCAGGAGGGGAGUCCAGUCUCAAGUGGUUUGGUGCUGUGCAGCAGAGAGGGACAGUUCUGGUUCUGACUUCUGUUCAAGCAGUAAUCUGCACUGUCUGGCUUGUCUCUGCUUCACCAAUGCCUCAUAAAAACACGCAGUAUCACAGUGACAAGAUAGUUUAUGAGUGUGUAGUUGGGUCCACAGUUGGUUUUGCAGUUUUACUUGGUUAUAUUGGUUUACUGGCUGUCCUCAGUUGUUUGUUAGCUUUUCUAGCAAGGAAUCUUCCAGAUAGUUUCAAUGAGGCCAAACUCAUCACUUUCAGCAUGUUGAUCUUCUGUGCAGUGUGGGUGGCCUUUGUCCCUGCUUAUAUCAGCUCACCAGGCAAAUAUGCAGAUGCAGUGGAGGUAUUUGCUAUCCUGGCCUCCAGUUUUGGCCUCUUGGUGGCACUGUUUGGACCUAAAUGUUACAUAAUCCUGUUGAGACCAGAGAGAAACACAAAGAAAGCCAUCAUGGGUCGAGGCACUGAGACUUAAAAACAGCAAAAUACAAUAUGCUCCAGUCCAUUUUUGCUCUAUGUGAUGAGUUAGUAUAGGUUUUGAUUUCCCAGUUCUCUGUCAAUGUGUGAGUAGUACAUGUAGAGACCUGGCUUUGUGUAGUCAAAUUCAUAUUUUGUCAAAUAAAAGUGCAGAGUGGAAAUCCUUC